CACACACACACACACACACACACACACACUUGACACACAUACACUCACCCACAUCACUCAUCCUCCCCAAAAAUCGCUAAUCGACUCCCAUAACGUUCAUUCACCACCAACAUUAAGCUGUAAUAGGGGAGGAGAAGGCUGUAGUUCUGUGUGAGUGGAGUCUUACCUCCCCCUCCCACCAAACUACUCUUUUUAACAACCUCAUUAUGGAGCUGAUACUCACCAUUGAGAGGGACAGAUGGUCUUUAUAGGUCCCCAUUCGAAACCAUAGUAGGUCUUUUGAGAGCAGGGCAUUUUGAUUAGGUGUUGCCUUUGGUAUGUGUGUGUCUGUGUGUGUGUGUGUGUUUGCGUGUAAAUGCAGGUAUCCACAGUGUGUUCAUUCAGUCUCACAGAUGUGUGGAGUAAAGCUGUUUUGACUCAAGAAAGAGAGAUAUUGUACUCUCAAAAGAAAAAGGGGACUAUAUUCAUAAACAUCUGUUAGCCUAUUCAUAUGAGAACCGAAAAGGUUUUCUUGCAUAGACCAUUACUAGGUCCAAAGGCGUUUCAGAACAGAAAACCAUUUGUUGUUCCGAACAGAAUCCCAAUAACAUUCAAGAUUUACAUGUGAACCCUAUAUUGAUGACAUAUAAGCUAGUCGAACAAGCUACAUUCUCAGUACUUUCACAAAAAUAUCAAGGAAUUGUAGAGUAAGUUGUGAGUUCAGAAUUUCUGGUGUCCUACCAGAAAGGAAGUAUUUUUAAGGACUUCCUUAUCAGCUCAGAACCAAUCAACACAAGGACAGGUCCAGCAACAAAACACACUGACAUGGAAAUUACAGCGCUUCCAAGGCUGUACACACACACACAAAAACACCUACAAUUAAUUUUGUUGUUGUUAAUUUUUUUAUUUUGGGUCAAAUUGGAAUGUUUAUGGCAUAGCCUUAGAGAACAACAUGUCUUCACGUCAAACAAGUGUAUGUAGACCUAAAUACACAACCUGGCCCAGCUGGCUCCUGAAUGUGUAGUAAGCCUACUGUUACGUAAACACACACAAUUCAGCAGCUCAAGUUUACAAUUUCAGUUUAUUGCAGCCGAUAGUUUAUACUCAGUUUAUGCGGGGGUCUAUUAAAAAUCUGAGAUGUGAUAUUAUUAUCACAAUACAAUGGCUGUGACUUCUAAAAGUUUCUAUGGAUAUUUAGUUUCACAAUAUACUAUGCCACAAAGGGGUAUUGUGUGUAGACUGUAUGUAGCUAUAGCAGGCUUUGUGUGUUGUAACUAAUACUGUUUAAUGAUAAUAGAUACAAAAUCGAUACAAUUUCGUUUUAGCCUACUGUUUCAUCAUGUGAAGUAUUCUUGUAAACGUGAUGAUAUCUUGUCAAAACUACACAGUUGUGUAGUUAUAAUCAAUACUUGGAAGGUUCAGGGAGAAUAAUUAAACUGUACCUGAGUGCACAAUAAAGUUGUUUUAGUUUCGACUAUAUAAGGUCAACGUUUCAUUUACCAACAAAAAAAAGAGAGCUUAAUGAGCGCAACACAAAUAAUGAUGUCGUAUAGUAAUAACUACCAUGGCAAACAGGACCAACGUUUCCCAAAUAUUACUGAACGCUGGCUGUAGGAAAGGGUAUGGGUGGAUAGGUUUACUGCGCCGCUUAUGUGUGGGUGGGCUGGAACAUCUGUCAACUUUUUUUGACAAACCUGAACAAGUGUGCGGUUUCGCGCAUCGACCACCUGGAUGAUUAUAACCCUGUUCUGGGGUCUUUUGAACAGUGCAACCUCAACCUAUGCAAGUGUGAAAUUGUCCAACGACCAGACACAACACACAUACUUUUGAUCAUAUAUUUAAAUCGUUUUGAAUGGAUAUUCGCGGGCAAACUUAAUCCAUAUGGGAUGUACAGUAAGUUUCAUCUGUUGCGAGGACGAGUUGUUGUUGCAUAUGCCCCCGAGUCGCCAUGAGGAGAAGAAAGAAGAAUCGAGAAUUCUAACCAAGCCAGAGGACUUGGAGGGAGUCCACACGCACACCUUCAAGCUCAAGCCGUUCAAGAAGGUUAAGAGCUGCUGUGUGUGUAAGCAGGCCAUCGUCAAGGAGGGCCUCAUAUGUAAAGUGUGCACGCUGUCCAUCCACAAGAAGUGUGAGUCUAAGGCCUCCCCAAUAUGCCCCAUGCCAACCAGCCAUGAGCUGCCUCCGAAUACUCCUCAGCUCCCUCUGAAGCAUGUAGAAACACCGGGCUCGACCCGGUCCUGUAAGAGUGUGGAGACCCGACGAAGACCUUCACGUGUGAGCGUGCCGCAGGCCAUGGAGGAGAGCUCUGAGGUGGACCUGGUGUACAUCACAGAGAGGAUCAUCUCCCUGUGCUUCUCCAGUGCUGUGGAGGAGAACAUCUACACCUCCAGCCUGACAGAGGUGGCCUCCAUGCUGCACUCCAAACAUGGGGAACACUACCUGCUUCUCAACCUGAGUGAAAGAAGAAAUGAUAUCAUCAAGCUCAAUCACAAGGUGUUGGAUUUCGGCUGGCCAGACCACCAUGCCCCAGCGCUGGACAGGAUCUGCAGCAUGUGCAAGGCCAUGGACACCUGGCUGAACACAGACCCUUGCAACGUGGUGGUGCUGCACAACAAGGGUAACAGAGGAAGAACGGGGGUGGUGGUAGCAGCCUAUAUGCACUACAGCAACAUAUCUGCCAGUGCUGGCCAGGCCCUGGACCGCUUCGCCAUGCGCCGCUUCUAUGAGGACAAAGCACUUCCUGUCGGUCAGCCAUCCCAGAGAAGGUAUGUGCGUUACUUCAGUGGCCUGCUGUCUGGUCAGAUCAAGAUCAACAACAAGCCCCUGUUCCUGCAUCACGUCAUCAUGCACGGCAUCCCCAACUUUGAGUCCAAGGGAGGCUGUCGUCCCUUUCUGAAGAUCUACCAGGCCAUGCAGCCAGUGUACACUUCAGGAAUAUACAACGUGCAAGGAGACAGCCACACCAGUAUUUGCAUCACCAUAGAACCUGGUCUACUGCUGAAGGGAGACAUCUUGUUGACGUGCUAUCACAAGCGCUUCAGGAACCCCAGCAGAGAUGUGGUGUUCAGGGUCCAGUUCCACACCUGUGCCAUCCAUGACCUGGGGGUGGUCUUCGGCAAGAAUGAGCUGGAUGAGACUUUCAAAGAUGAGAGGUUUCCAGAAUACGGCAAAGUGGAGUUUGUCUUUUCCUUUGGACCCGAGAAAAUAAAAGGGCUGAGUCACCUUGAGAAGGGCCCCAGUGUGUCUGUGGACUACAACUCCGACAAAACCCAGGAUCCUUUGAUCCGCUGGGACUCAUACGAGAACUUCAACCAGCACUGUGUGGACACCACGGAAGAUGUGGUUCACACCCAGGGUCCUCUGGAUGGUAGCCUGUAUGCCCGCAUUCGCAAGAAAGAAUCCUUAGAGGGUGUGGUCACCAUCAAUGGUCUCCCUGUACUGGACAACCCUCUGACCAGCUCCGACGCCCCCCUACAGCACCAAGACCACGCCCACCCCAACAUAGACCACACCCUUCCCGUGGUAGGCCACGCCUCCUUGCCCGCAGUUGACCACGCCCUUUCGGUGAGCAGCGACUCUGGGAACUCGACCGCUUCCAUCAAGACCGACCGCACCGAUGACCACAGCCAGCCCCUGCACGGCGGGGUGAACCACAACCACAACCACAUCCACCUCCCUGGUCACCCUCCACUCAGUCCCCAGGAGAAGAAAGAGUUGGACCAGCUGCUCAGUGGGCUGGAAGCCCCUUCCGUGCUGCAGAGCCAGACCUACCGGACCACCAGCCCAGGGGGAGGAGUCCGCCACCUCGUCCCAGCGCAGGUGCACGUCAACGGGGGUCACGCCCGCCUGAUCGCCGCCCCCUCCACGGAGGAACGGGAGACGGACAUUUUGGACGACGAGCUGCCCAUCAGCCAGGAGGGCAACAGCGUCGAAAGCCUCGGCACGCUCUCCUCGCUCGAGGGGCAGGCCACGCCCGGGGAGCUCUACUACCCAUCCGAGACGACCGGGGGCGUGCAGAGCGACGGGCCGUACCUGAACAGGGCCGUCCUGGGAGAGAAGGUGCACGGCCGCGCCGUCGAGAUGCCCGUUCACAGAGUACGGACGUCAUCCUCGGCCCAGGAGCUCAUCAUGGACUCCACCUCUCCCCCGGGAGACUAUAACACCUACCAGAACGGAGAGGGGAUGUACCGGUCCCAGUCGUUCGGGGUUCCCCCUACCGACGCCGGCACCCCAGAACCGGGGUCCAAACUGAUGCCACGCGCUCCUGAGAGGAGCACGAGCAGUAGAGAGGCGGUCCAGAGGGGGCUGAACACCUGGCACCAAUACAGUCUGCCAGACGACCCGUUCGGCCCCCCCCUCCAGAGCACCCACAGCCUCCCCCUCUUCCCAGCCUCCUCGGCCUCCCAGAGGGACAUAGAGCAGUCCAUAGAGGCGCUCAACAUGCUGAUGUUGGACCUGGAUCCUGCCAACGCCCAGAUGUCCAAGUCCUACAGCGCCCCCUCUGGAGAGAACAGCGUGGGCGCUUCCCAGGGACCCUUCUCCCAGACGCUGGCCCGGCCGUCGUACCAAGCCGACCACGCCAUCCAUGGGUACAACAACGCCUUCGGCCAGCCCCUCCGGUCACUAGGGAGGGUGUCCACCUCACCUGUCCAGAGCCCCGUCAUGGAGUCGCCCGGGUCCUACAACUCCCAGAAGGCCCAUCUGGUGUAUCACACGCCCACACACACCCCGGAACCCUACCACAGUCAGCCUCACUCUGGUUACCGCCAUGCCGGCCCCCACUACCCCCCUGAGCCUUCCCCCACCUCCCCCAGCCAAGUCCAGCUCAGACCCCUCACCUCCUAUCCUGCUGGAGGGGGCCUGUCCCGCUCCCCGGACCCCCAGGAAUGCUCCCCUUACCCUGGCUACAGUACCUCCUCCUCCCCCCUGCCCCCCAUCACCCCCCAGCCCAAGGAUCCCUCCUCCACCUCUCCCGUUCCCAAAGAGGCGGAGCCCGAGGAGGAACUCAACCUGGAGGGGCUAGUGGCCCAAAGGAUCGCCGAGUACAACGCCCGCAUCCGGGGCAUCAGUGCAAGCAUGAGCCCUCAACAGUCUGACCGCCAUCGCUCCUAUUCCUUUUCUGGGAUGCGUUCCCGAGGGAUGACCCCGGAGGAGGCCCAAGAGACGGCGAGGCGUCGGACCACCAGCGAGGGCCAGUACCAGAGCAGCGGACACGGCGACUCUCCAGGCCACAUGGGGGCACCGACGCGCUCUCCUAACUUUGCCGACGCCAUCUCCCUCAACCCAGGAGGACGACCCAGAGAGGGCCCCAUGCACAGUUACCGGGAGGCGUAUGAGGAUGAUGAUGCUGACGGUGGCGCCGUUAGCCCCACCUUCGGCAGUGGUGGUGAGGCCUACCCCCUGACCCCUGCCUUCCCUGUGUCCCCCCAGACCCCCUACUCCAACAUGUCGAGGUCUCCCCCUGGCUUGGUCAAAACUCCCCUCUCUACAUUGGGACUGAAGCCACACAACCCUACAGAAAUGCUCCAUGGCGCAUCAGACUCUGAAUCUGUGAGUGAUAGCGAGCAAGAUGGCCGUGCACACUCUUUCAACCCCCUCUCCUCCAGGAGCCCCAUCCUCAGUCCAGACAGAGCCCAGAACGCCCGCGACUCGGCCCCCCACUACCACCACCGCCCCCCUUCCCCCGAGGGGUCACAGGUCAACAUCAUGGGGGUCCACACGGUCCCCGGCAGCCCCAACACCCUCCACCGCACCGUCGCCACCAACACCCCCCCGAGCCCCGCUCUCCAGCGCCGCCUGGCCAAUCAGACGAGCCCGGCCCUAGCCCGGCACGCCACUCCAGGCAAUGGGAGCAGAGACGGCAUCCCUGGCAGCCCUCUGGUUGGCAGGAGCCACAAAAGUGCGGCGCCGGUCCCGCCCAGUCCCCUGAUGGGCCGCCACGGGAUGGGGAGCGGGAGCAGCACCCCUGACGACAGACAGGGGGUGCCCCCCACCCCCUCUUUUCCAGUGCUCCCAGAGAAGAGACGCAUGCCCAGCGGCGACCGGGAGGGACCGAACGGUGGCAUGUCGUACGGUUCGCUGGAGGGCAAGGCUGCGACAUCUGCGCCGGCCAGCGGGGGCAGCACGCCCAGUGUGAGCGGCUCGCACACCCUGCCAGACCUCUCAAAGUUCUCCAUCUAUGCAGACGGCUACCCAGACAUCAAGAUGAACGUCAAGUUUGUUCAGGACACCUCAAAGUACUGGUACAAGCCUGACAUCUCAAGAGAACAAGCUAUCAGUGUGCUGAAGGACCGCGAGCCAGGGGCGUUUGUUAUCAGAGACAGCCACUCGUUCAGAGGGGCCUACGGCCUGGCCAUGAAGGUGGCCUGCCCCCCUCCCACCGUGCAGCAGAACAAGAAAGUGGGCGACAUUACGAACGAGCUGGUGAGGCACUUCCUGAUUGAGACGAGUGCCAAAGGCGUUCGUCUGAAGGGCUGCCCCAACGAACCCUACUUUGGAUGCUUGUCUGCCCUGGUGUACCAACACUCUAUGACUCCUCUGGCUCUGCCCUGCAAGCUGAUGAUACCCACCAAAGAUCCAAACGAGGAGGCCCUGGAGUUGGCCACGCCCACUGACUCUGUGGCUGAAGUCCUGCAGCAGGGAGCAGUAUCCCAGAAGCCCCCAGAGGAAGCUCAUGCAUGCAACGUUCUCUACAUUAACUCGGUGGACAUGGAGUCUCUGACGGGCCCUCAGGCUGUGGCCAAGGCCAUUAGCCAAACGCUGGCUUCCGACCCGUUGCCUACGGCAACCACCGUCCACUUCAAAGUGUCCUCACAGGGCAUCACCCUCACUGACAGUCAGAGAAAGAUCUUCUUCAGACGGCACUACCCCAUCAGCACAGUUACCUACUGCGACAUCGACCCCCAGAACAGGAAGUGGGGCCAGGAGUCAAGAGAAUCUGUAAAGCUUUUUGGGUUUGUGGCGAGGAAGCAGGGCAGCACUACAGACAACGUCAGCCACCUGUUUGCAGAGCUCGAUCCUGACCAACCCGCCUCCGCCAUUGUUAGUUUUGUCUCCAAGGUGAUGAAGCGAUGAAACCCAUCUCCCAUGAAAACCCGCCGGCAGCCAUUUAGAUAUUUUUCCUUUUUUAAGGCUUUUCUUCUUUUUUUUCUUUUUUGGGGGGGGAGGAUGCAAUUUUUUCACAUUUGUUUAACUUUCAUUCAAUUGUGUUUGAUAAUUAUUUCCCUCCUCUUUUAUUGUCGGUUGAUCUUUUUUUAAUUAUUACUUCGAAGAUGUUUAUUUAAUGUCUGAAGGACUUGGAGAUGUUUCAAGAUGGCGGCUGAGGACGUGUUGGGUGGAUUUGUAAGAUGAUGAACUGAGGAGACGGAGGGAACUUCUUUCCCCAACAGAACAACUUGAGGAAGAGGCUGUUUGCUCAUUAAGGACUAAAGGAAAUGCACCGUUCAGUGAGAGGAAAAGUACACUGACAUUUUUCAGGUUUUUUGGAUUGAUUUAACCAAAGGUAGCACUCAGAACAAAUAAUUAUCAGAUGGUCAAUUUAAGCCAUUUUAUGUUUGUUUUUUUCUUCUUCUUUUUGAAUAGAUGGUUCUUUGAGAAACAAAACAAAAAAAAGAACAAAAGCUAUCAAAAAAAGAAAAGAAAGAAUGCUUCGUAAACUCUUCUGUCUUCAGAAAAAAAGUUGGCCUCUAUGGCUCAUUACAAAAGAGUAUUUAAUGACAUUUUGCAUGUUAGCUCUAUCUUUAAGCUUGGUCCUUAAACCCUCUACAAAAGUCAUUAGUGAACCCUCAAGUGGACAUUUCUAGGCCUGGUGUAUGUUGUUAAGGGCUCAACUUCACAUAGCAGACCAAAUUCAUCGAACAGCGCACUGUGGUCCAACUAAGCCAGAGAGAUUUCCUGUCUGAGGUCCAGGGAUGACCAGUCAAUCCCAGAGCUAAUUGAUUUUAUUGAUCUGAUCUGGUGGAAAUGGAUUCAUCUUGCCCGUGGAAUGCGGGGGAGGUUAUGUGGGUAUUUUGCUGUUUUCACUUGUGCUUCCUGGAUCUGGCUUUGGUCUGCAUUAUGCUGAAACCUCCUGUCCACUAGGGGUAGCCGUUGGGCCAUUCCUCCCAUGGACUGAUCCUUCAACUCCUGCUUGCUGGACUGGCUACUCUCACACUGCAACUGCUACUGAACACACUGAGACACCCAGGGACAGGUCCUAAGGCCUGGGCCUAUGCACUGUCCUGCAUGUUUUAGUCCCAGUGCACCCCUCCCUUCCUCUAAGCUAUGUUCAACAUCACCAAGACUCUAUUCUAUGCUGUGUGCAAUGAAGAAGAUUUGAACCCCCUUUAGACUUAUAGGGGGCGUUAGAGGUUGUUUGACUUGUGAAAGACUGCAUGAAAACUAAAUUUUUGUACUCUUCUCUGAGUUCUAAAAAGAAGAACUGGUAGACAACUCAUUGUUGACAUAGUUACCCGGUGAUGAGAUGCAAUAUUUCUACUCCCUUUUUUCCCAUCUUGAAACAGGGUUACCUUUCACUGUAUCAAGGAAAGUCUUUGUUUUUGUUUUUCAAACUCAAUGGUGAAUCAACAUUUUCUCUGAUUUGCAUUUAGAUACCUGUAGCCGAAAAAAUUGAAGAAAAAAAGAACCUAGACAUUUCCACACUGUGUGAAAAGGCCUGCUAGUUACACACACAAACAAACGCUCACUGUCCUCCAUAAGCUAGAGAAAAAAAACAAUAUUGUUAAAUGUAUAUAGAUAAACUACUUUGAAAGGUGACAUAGCGAAAAAGUAUUUAUUUUUGUUGCUUAGUUCCCUCAUGGUUACAAGUCAUAUAUACAUAUAUUGUACAGUCUACAUAGAGUAGAUUUACUUAAAGGGUUGAGAAAAAAGAUAUACUUAUUUUGGCUAAUGAUUUCAAAGUCAGAAAGGCUUUGAAAGGCGUCUGAAUAUACAUGGUGUACAUUACUGUGUCCCUGUCUCUUUAUUCAGAUCUCCAUGUUUUGUUUUGUCUUUGUGUUCUCUGAGAGCGAUGUUGUAGGGCAUGUGUGGGUAUGGGACAGACCCAGAGGACUCUUACAGGACAAGUGCAUGGACAGCUUAGCUCUCAACGACAAAAUGCAAGGGUUUGUUUUAAAACGUUGCUGUUUAAAACGUUGCUGUCUAAAAACAGUGCACCAAUUUUGUUGACUUUGCGUAACUGAUGUCUGUAGUUCUGGGGGCAGCUGUUCGAUAAGGUUUCAGAUGCAGGUUUGUAUGGGAAGCAUGAGGAUGACUGAACUGAUAAGCCAACCUUAAAUGCAAUAUGUAAGCAAUGGUAUGCAUCCGUUAUGAUAAUAUUAUUAUUUGCCAAAGAUCCAAGCACAUCUAUACUGUCCACAGGUUUUGCUUUUUACAUGUUCUUAUGAAACUUCUGAACUUUGCCAUAUGAAGCCAAAAUAUCUCAGUUGGGGUCAUUUGUCUGUCAUUUGUCACUUGCUUUUCAUUGGUACUUAUGCAGAUCGACAACACGUUGCAAUUACUGACAAAAGUCCUUGUAAUUUCCAUAACAACCACGUCGUACCCCAAAAAUAGAAGUAAAAAGCACUUACCUACAUGCACGUGGAACAUCACAUUACCAACAACAGCAAAACAAUACAAACAUAUGAACAUAUCAACUUUGAUUUCAUUGAAUGUCAGUAGUGAAAGUUACAUUUCCAUUGAUUCAUAUUAUUCCAGUUCUUCUUCAGUAAUUAAUGAAGUUCCAUUGUACCAUCUUUGUUUAGCUUGUUUUGUUAAAGUCCCAAAGCUGUAUAUUAAAUCCCUCACAUCAUUAUUUAUUCUCUUAUUUAUUCAUUUUGAAUGUAUGUUUCAUACAAUCUUUCAUGUUUUAAACUACAUUAUCUCAGUUGUCAGUGUUAAAAGCAAAGGAUAAGGAAUGUAUGGUACCAUUCUACCUGUCGCCAAGAGGUCCAAUGCAAUAUUAUUGGUCAAAGUGUUGUUAAAAAAAUGUUUAACAAUAUUGUUUUGGUAUCCAUAUCUGAGUCGCUUAAAACAUGAUCAUAUGAAAAAACUAAAAAAUCAUUAGAGAUAACAUUUUUUAAAUAUAAGUCAUUCAUACUUUAAACUGGCAAUACCACAUUAGGUCUGUUGGCGUUAGGUGAAUAGUUAUCAAUGUGUUUGUUUGUGUGGAGGAAGAGUUUGAGGCCUUGUGCAGAAAAGACUGAAUGUGUGAAUGCUAGCUAGAGAUGUACACAAGGCUCUCAUAAUGUUUUGUUUUCAUCAUUUGCAUUAUAUUGUCAUGGCUUACCUGUUCCUAAGGAGAAAAAAAAACAUUAAAGCAAUACAGUUACAGUAAAAAA